ACUUAACAUAAAAGGACGAAAGCAGGCGAAGCCACAUAUGCAAAAUGGUAGCACUUGGAGAAUACUUCAUCGUCACAGCGUUAUGGUUGUGCUCGAUGUUUGCGAUUUCUUCACAAACACCGUGUGCCAAUUACCCUAACCACACAAUUGAUUCCACCGGUAGAGACCUGAUUCUAAAGAUUCACAAUCAAAAAAGGGUGGCGACAGCUACAGCUCAAUACAGAAACGGUGUCAACAAAUUCAAGAUAAGACACGCGAAGAACAUAAUGGAAAUGAAGUACGACUGCGAAUUGGAGAAGGCUGCACAUGAUAUUGCAGUACAGUGCAAUGACGCAGAAACCCCCCAAACGUCGCUUACUACCGAAGGCGAAAAUUUCUUGAAAAUUGACAAAGUGUACUCAGAAAUAGGAACGGCAUCAAACGCUAUGUACACAGCAGGAACCAAGUGGUUCGACGAAAUUACGAAAAAUGGCAUCAACCAAAAUAUAGACUUCACUCAAUACUUCGCUAAUAAGAAGCCUACUGUAUACCAUUGGUCACAAACGUAUAAAAUUGGCUGCGAGAUAGCGGACUGUGAAGAUUUGAAGAAUAAGCAGUACACCAUCGUAGUGUGUCGUUAUAGCCCUAAAGGAAAUGUCGUCGGAACCAAAGUAUACCAACCCGGCCAGAAACUGGAUUGCACAUAUGGAACAUCCGUAGGAUAUCCUUCUCUUUAGUGCGACAAUCACGAUGACUACUUAAUUGAUUCUACCGGCAGAGACAUGAUUUUAGAUAUCCACAAUCAGAAAAGGGAGUCCACAGCUAAGGCUGGAUACAAAAAUGGUGUUAACACCUUCAACAUAAGAUAUGCAAAGAACAUGCUGGAAAUGAAAUACGAUUGUGAUUUGGAAACGAGUGCACACUCGAUUGCCUCUGCUUGCCCCCAGACAGAAACUUCUCAAACAUCACUUACCAAUGAAGGUGAAAACUUUUACAUGAUUAACAAGGAAUACCAAGAGAUUGGAACAGCGGCACAAGCUAUGUACAUAGCAGGAAUCGCAUGGUUCGAGGAGAUUAUAAAAAAUGGCAUCAACCAAAAUAUAGACUUCACGCAAUUCUUCGCCGAUAAGAAACCUACUGUGUACCAUUGGUCGCAGAUGGUUUGGGCAAAAACGUAUAAAAUCGGAUGCGAGAUAGGAGACUGCGAUGGCAAAGCCAUCGUAGUGUGCCGUUACAGUCCGAAAGGAAAUGUGGUGGGAGAAAAAGUUUAUCAGCCCGGUCAAGUACUGACUUGCGAGAAUGGAGUAUCUCAAGGGUAUCCCAAGCUUUGUGCGUAUCCUCUAUAA